AUGAAGGAAAAGAAAUCAAUCAAUCGUUCAAGGGAAGCUGGUCUGUCUCGAAAAUCAGCAAAUCUAUCUCAGUCUGUUUCUUUCUUUCUUUCUUUCUUUCUUUCUUUCUUUCUUUCUUUCUUUCUAUCUAUCUAUCUCAGUCUGUUGGUAUCUAUCUAUCUAUCUAUCUCAUCUAUCUAUCUGGUAUCUCAGUCUGUUGGUAUCUAUCUAUCUAUCUAUCUAUCUAUCUAUCUAUCUCAGUCUGUUGGUAUCUAUCUAUCUCAGUCUGUUGGUCUCAUUCUUCAUCUAUCUAUCUAUCUAUCUAUCUAUCUAUCUAUCUAUCUAUCUAUCUCAGUCUGUUGGUCUCUAUCUAUCUAUCUAUCUAUCUAUCUAUCUCAGUCUGUUCAUAUCUAUUUUUAUAUCUAUGUCUUCGUUUCUGUCUAUUUUUUCUCUUCCUAUCUAUCUAUCUAUCUAUCUAUCUAUCUAUCUAUCUAUCUAUCUGUUGUAACCUAG